UCGAAAGGAAAACAAAAAAUAAAAAGAUGCCUUUCAAUUCAUUACCUAACAAAAAAGCUAAAGGCAACACUCUUUUUGUCUUCCAAAAUCGAUGUCUCAUCCACCGAUGACCGAGGAAAACACCACCACCACCUCCGAUCAUCCACCACCAUCACAAACCACCAUCCUAAUCCCAAACCUCCCAAACGACGUGGCAAUACAAUGCAUAGCAAGAGUUCCACGUCACCAUCACCCCACUUUAUCCUUAGUCUCCAAAUCAUUUCACUCAAUCAUUCGAUCCAAGCACUUUUUCAUCACAAGAUCCAACCUUAAUUCCACCCAACACUCUUUGUAUCUUAACAUCCGACACAAAUCCUCUUUCAAAUGGUACCAUUUUCAUCCCAACCACAACAACAACCUUAAACUUCCCAAACCCAUAAUGAUCCACCCUGUCCCCUGUAUCCCGACAAACAAACAGCCUGUCGGUCCUGCUGUUGUUGUACUAGGUCCUAAGAUAUAUUUAAUUGGUGGGUCUAUUAAUGAUGUACCUUGUAAUUCUGUCUGGGUUUUUGAUUGUAGGGUUAAUAAAUGGGAAACCGGGCCGAAAAUGCGAGUCGGGAGAGAGUUUGCGGCCGGGGCGGUUGUGAAUGGGAAGGUUUUUGUGUUGGGUGGGUGUUUGGUUGAUAAUCGGACUAGGGCGGUAAAUUGGGCUGAGGUUUUGGACCCGGGGGUCGGGGUUUGGGGUUCGGUUGAAAGCGGGUCGGUUGAUGGGAAGGAUAAGUGGAUGCAUGCUAGUGCGGUUAUAAACGGUAAGGUUUAUGCGAUGGCGGAUAGAGGUGGGGUGGUUUAUGAUGUGGAAAAGAAUGAGUGGGGGAAAGUACCCAAAAGGUUAGAUUUAGGGUGGAGGGGACGAGGGGCGGUUAUUGAUAGCGUUUUGUAUUGUUAUGAUUAUUUAGGGAAAAUACGAGGGUAUGAUGUGGCGAAAGACGUUUGGAAAGAUUUGAGAGGGGUUGAUAAAGGUUUGCCAAAUUUUUUGUGUGGCGCGACCAUGGUGGAUUUGGAUGGAUGGUUGUGUGUGUUGUGGGAGUCUAAGUUAAGCGGUGGGAAAACGAUGGAUGUUAUGUGUGCGUUGAUUGAGGUUCGGAAAGAUGAGGAUGGGGGAUUAAGUGGGAACAUUUUGUGGGUUGAUGGGAUUCUUUCUGUUCCUGCUGGUUCUUCGAUUUUACAUUGUAUGGCUAUUGCUUUGUGAAUUGUGACCUGUGAUAAUUCUAAAGGGAUAUUGAACUUUACCGCUUGCAAUUUGAAUGAUUUAGAUAUGCUAUUCAUCCUUGAGCAUACAAAACAAUCGCAAACUUGGAGCAUAGUCAGCCUAUUGAAUUUCUAAACCUUGUGUUCAUAUCAUAUGUUUCAUUUUAGUCAUGAUUGCGGAUUUUAGUCAUGACUGCGAAUAAAAGGCUGGUAUGCUGCAAAAGCUCUUGUACUCUAUAUGGUUUGUAUAUAUCAUGAACUAAUAGCUGGUUUGUAUAUAUUCUGAACGACUUUCAAGUUUAAUGUACCUUAAGUGUAAUGAAAACUCAUUCUUCUA